AUGGAUAAUACGUACAAGGUCAACCGCUUCAACCUGCCACUCCUCCAGGUCGUUGGCACUACGGGACUUCACAAAAGUUAUAGUGUUGCGUUUGGUCUUGCCGCCAAGGAGGAUGAGGGCGUUAUAAUUACUGACUUCGACGAGGCUCUUAAGAACGCCCUCAACGCUAUCUUUCCACAGUCACAGCAACAACUCUGCACUUGGCACAUCAUGAAGAACGUGGUCCUCCACAUCAAGAAGAAGUGGGUAGGCACCCUCGAUGGUACCGAGAUUAUGGGAGAUGGAGGCGAUGACGAAGACAUCCGCCUCGCCGCCGAGGCUGCCCUUGCCACAAGUCACGAUGCAGACCGACCAGAACGACCGAUCGACCGUGCCGCCGAGGCACAGAUACAACACGCCUCUCAGCUAGCAGACCAGUUCGUCAGGAGAAGACCCGGAUCGUGA